AGUUUGGGUGUAAAUUCAACAGCAACAAAUUUUGGUGAGCUGUUAUCAUGAGAUUUCUCCCUUAUCUUGGGCCAAAUCCACCUGUUCUCUCAUUAGUUCAAUCAUUUCCAAGCCAGAACUGAAAAAAAUCACACCUGGACUCCUGACCAGAUGCACCUGGUGCCUCCUGUGGGUAUUCCUGCCUGUGGAGACUGAACUCUGAGGAGUUGACCCCUGGACAGAAUGAUGUGCAGUUAUGCUUGCCACAGACACCAGGCCCGGCUGCAUGUCUGGGAUGUAAGCUGCUGCUCCACUGCCAGAGGAUCAGGAGCCCAUCUGUUCUGGUGACAGCAUGGUCUGGAAUCCUCGGGUCACCAGUUCAUGCUUUACAGCCUCAUUGAAAAGGAGAUGUGGAGAGGUUUAUGGUGGUCAUAAAGGUAGAGUGAAUGGGAGAACAGAAAAAGAGGGAAGCCUGUACUUGGGUGUAUGCAGGGGGGGAGGGACUGCUUUCACUGCACUGUCCCUUCUCCCAUUAGCUGGGGAAGCAGGGCAGUGGGAGAGCUUUGAGCAUGGGAGGGGAAAAAGGUCCUCAGCUGGAGCAGGAAGCAGAAAGCCUGCAGAAUGGAAGAGCUGGUACCAGGGAGUCAAUUGUAUAACAGAUUAGCAAAUUACAUGCUGGUGAAAAGGGACAAAUCAGCCAUAGGGGUUCUCCACGCAGUGGGUCCAACCCAGGCAGCUGCAGUGCAACUUUCCCAUGCCCACCUCACCAACAUGCCUCAGGCUGCCCUGAGUUCCAUUCCUGUGGUCUGUCUGCUGAGGAGUGAAGAGGCCAGUUAGUGCUGAUUGUGGAGGGGUUUAUCAGUGUGGACACCUGGUCACUAGGAAGUGGACUGAGAGGCAUCAACACCUCCCACAUUAGCAAGAGGGCUGAUGGUGAAUGGCAGCAGGGUAGCCUGGAAUGAGACCCAGCACUGUAAGAUUUUGGAUGGGCUAGUCCCAGACCAGGUACAGCUGUGCCGAAGAAAUCUGGAGCUUAUGCAUAGCAUUGUACGUGCAGCCAAAGAGACCAAGGGAGUCUGCCAGAAAACGUUCUCGGAUAUGAGGUGGAACUGCUCUUCCAUUGAGUAUGCACCCAGUUUCAGCCCUGACCUCAUGAAAGGGACCAGGGAAUCUGCAUUUGUCUAUGCAUUGGCUGCUGCUGCUGUCAGCCAUUCCAUCGCUCGGGCCUGUGCCUCAGGGGAACUACCUAUCUGUUCCUGUGGAUCUGUCCCAUCUGAGGUGCCUGGGCCUGGCUUCAGGUGGGGUGGCUGUGGGGAUAACCUCCGCUAUGGCCUCCAGAUGGGUUCUGCCUUUGCUGAUGGUCCCAUGAAGUCCAGUAAGGCAGGAGGACAAGCCACCAGGCUUAUGAAUCUACAUAACAAUGCAGUGGGCCGACAGGUAUUGACUGACUCCUUGGAGACCAAGUGUAAAUGCCAUGGUGUUUCUGGCUCCUGCUCAGUUAAGACUUGUUGGAAGGGGCUGCAAGAUUUGAGUGAAAUAGCCACUGACCUCAAAUCCAAGUACUUGGCAGCCAUCAAGGUGACCCACCGGCACAUGGGAACCAGAAAGCAGCUGGUGCCCAAAGAACUGGACAUCAGGCCAGUGAGAGAGGCUGAGCUGGUUUAUCUAGUCAGUUCUCCAGACUACUGCACAAAGGAUUCCAAACUGGGGUCUCUGGGGACUCAGGACAGGCAAUGCAACAAGACCUCUGUCGGCAGUGACAGCUGCAACCUGAUGUGCUGUGGGCGUGGCUACAAUGCUUACACUGAGAGUGUGGUGGAGAGGUGCCAGUGCAAGUACCAUUGGUGCUGCUAUGUGAUAUGCAAGAAAUGCCAGCGGACAGUGGAGAGAUACGUGUGCAAGUAAUACAGAAGGCCCUGAAGCAGCCCAUGCUCUGAGAAAGCACUAAAGGACCUAUGCUCUGAAGCACUCCAGAGCAUGCCUGGAUAUUUAAUUAAUUACAGGGGAAGCUGUGAGCUUUGGCUAGAAAAGCGGCCAUGGUGGAAAUCCUCAUAUUGGCAUUACCCAGGAAAACACACAUUUUCUGGGAAAAGGCCAGGCCUGAUGUCCUUAGCCUCACCCCUUCCAGAGCAAGAGAAAUAGCUGCCUCCUGGGGCUGACCUGGUUUGUUCAAAUUUUCAAUCUCCAGCUGAGGACAAAUAAUUUAUCACCCUGCAUGCAUGGAUCUCUUUCUCCCCUGAGCUGCCAGCAGCCAUUGUCUCUUUGUGGGAAGCUUCUGAAGGUGGCCUGAAAGUCAGGAGUGAUGGAUGGAAAAGGGUGUGGGGUGGGGAGAGACAAGAGUGAAUUCAGGGGAAGAAAGAAGUGCUGCUCCUGAAUAAGCAUGCUGAGGAAACCAUGGGCAUGCACUUUUGGGGUGGCAAGCUGACUCAAGGCCACCAGAUACUCCCAGUUUCAAGACAGGUACAUGUUCAUUGUCUUCUGCAGCAUCACACUUUCUCUCUAACAUUAGGAUCAGGCUUGGGUGUAGGCUGGAGAAAGACCUCUGCCACCCUCUUCACUAUCAGAGAGAUCCAUUCCUCUGUCCUUUCAUAGCAAUGAGAAAGAGAGAGAUUCUAAUAUCAUGGUGAUGGGCAUGCUAUAAAAACUGAGACAAAGGAAAAGUCCAUAGGGGAUGUAGGUGGAAAUAGUGGGAUGGAAGGCGCUAUUGAACCAGAGGGGUCUUGGUAAGGACCAGGCCUGAUGCUCCUGCCCUCCAGCUCGCACCUUGUGAGGUGGAGAAGCCAGUAAAUUGGGUGGCACAUUCUCAUUCUCACAUCCUUUUUGCCCCUCCUCUUUUGAGCCUCCACAUCCAGGGUGGCAGAUUUCUGCUUAUUUAUUUGGUGCCUUUUAAAUAAAUAUGUGCGUGUCUCUGCCAAAGAUGGCCCUAAGCCUCAUGUGUUACCCGGAAAGGUUCCCCACUCUGUACCCCCUAGAACUCAGCUGGUCACAAAAGGGAUGAGGCAAUGCUGUCUCCCCUCUUUGCCUGGUAAAGGGACUGCAAAGCAGACAUUCCGUAUCCUUUCAGGAGAUGAAAUUGCAGAGGUAGCUUCAUAGUUGAAAGGGAAAGGAUGUUUAUUUUCAUUUGAAGAUGCUUUUUUCCCUUUCUCCUGUAUCUCCUCUCGUACUGGUAACAUACUGAUUUGGCUGUUGUGGCCAGACACAGAUUUCCCUAUAUGCACAUAACAAACCCUGGAACAUUUUUCUGGGUUACUGCCAGGGCUGGCGCU